CAAACCAGCUUACAGCGAACACAGCAUUGACAGAAAAAGCAUUUAACGAGCGUUGUGGCUUGGAAGUCGGCGUUAAAUCCUUCAUUUACGCAUUUUUACUUAUUUGCAUAUCGUGUGAAAAAACGAAAAUGUAUUAUUUGCGUCAGACUCGUCUCAGUGAACUUUAAAGCUUCUCAGGCUUAGCUUAGCUUGCUAGUUAGCUUAGCCUGUGCGCUACCAAGAAAGAGACGCUGAAGUUAUCAACAACAAGAUCAAGUGUUAGUGUAUAAAAUAUUGAGAGAUUUGAGGGCUACAUGUAUUGUUUAAGUACAACUGUUCUUCGCCAGGUGUUCUUUGGCCGCCCUGGCUUACGUUUUCCCGGUGGUGUCCAUCUUAACGCUGCCUUUGGUAUCCUCUCGUUGUCCGGUUUUCGAAAAUAGCUAGCUAGGCUAUAGACUAUAUAGUAUAUACCGCAUGUUAUUUUUGUACAACAACUUCAGCUGUCGAAUGUUAUAAGGUACAAAUUCAACAAGUACAACAUUAGCACGGACGGUAUAGCCAAGUUGUGGUUAAGAAGGUGGAUUUUUGUUCCUUAUAUUUACCAGGAACGAAGUGAUCCGAACACACGACCCGGGACUUUGGGGGACUCCAGUGAGAACCGUCCCCCUUUUCCCGGUGUAAAGCUGCGAGCCAUUUGUCUCGUCUCUGUGGGCUUUUAUCACGCUUUGGCAGAACAAAAUACAACCUUUGUUUUCCCUGUUUCCAGUUGUGGUUAGCACAACCAAAAACAACACAGUUUUUCGGCAUUUUGGAGGCAGAAUGACGGGUUUAACCAGCGUAGGUCGACAGGUUAAAGAGUAAUGGCAACGGUUUGUUUUCAACGCCAGUCUCGUUACUAUGGCUCGAAGAACCCGUAUGUAGCUCAGUUGCCCGGAUGUCGGCCCUCACCCAUCAGACAUUAUUGUGAGGUUUUGUAUUAGUGUUCCUAAAAAUAGAUACACUGGCCCCCAGACACAUUUUGUCUCUAAAUGUGGCCCCUGGAGUAGAAAUAAUCGGCCAGGUCUGUGGCAAAAGGUGACGUAGCUGUACUCACCUGUGACUGGUGGAAGGCGCCUUCUGAGAUCUUGUACUUGUUGAUGAAGAGUUUAACGUAGUAGAAGGUGAAUAUGUUGUUGAUCAUGCAGGAGCCCAAAGUGGUCAUGGCGUAGGCCACAGCCGCGGGGUUGAUUCCCACGCUGGUCAGGUGCCGCGAGAGUUUGCUGCCGCCGCCACGCGCACCUGAGGACCCUUUCAUCUCCACGGUCAUGGCGGAAGUGCAGAUCUCCAUUUGGCCGCCAAGCUCGGGAAAACCCUCUUGGCCCGCAACCGCGAGCUGGAGCAGGGUCUCCAGCAGAUGUACUCCACCAACCAGGAGCAGCUGCAGGAGAUGGAGUACCUGGCCAAGCAGGUGGAGAUGUUGCGGCAGAUGAACGACCAGCACGCCAAAGUUUAUGAGACCUUAGACCUGUCCACCAGGGAUUUGGAGCGGGGGAACCAGAGACUGGUGCAGGACAGCCGGCUGGCCCACAACAAGAUCCACAGUUUAACCGAGUCAACAGACGUGCUGCAAACCCACAUGGAGGACCUGCAAAACCAGGUGGAGGCGCUCUUGUCCGCCCAGGUGGAGCGAAACAAACAUGAGACCAACACAGAACAACGACGCAGCUUGGGAGCUCAGAGCGUUUCUUGUCUGAAGGAACUCUACCACUUGCACCAGGACAGGUGUGUAUCUCGCAACACGAGACAAAUAAAGGUAUUCGGGUCACCUGAUGGCGCCACAGAAGAGGAGCACGCCGCUCUUCUCCGCUUGCUCCAGACUCUCAAGGCUCAGUUAGCCGCUGAGAAGGGUAUGAGGGAGGCGGUGGAGCGCGAGAAGGAGCUGACCACCAAAGAGAAGCGAGGCCUGGAGCAGCAGCUGCUGCAGCUGGAGGAUUGUCCUGCCCGGCACACCACGCUGCACACCCAAGUGGAGCAGAUGAGGCUCCUGUGGCGCGCCGACUGUGCCGCCAGGACGCCCCCCCGGGAGCUGCCGCCGCCUGACGCCGUCAUCUUCACCCCGGAGGAAAAACCCGAAGACGGUCAGGUGGAAACGGAGGAGGCGGGACGCGACAGCGAGGUCACGGCGAGGGAGGUGAACAUGGACGACCACAACAGGAUGUGUGUGAGGCGAGCGGAGGUGGUGAAGCGGAGGGGCAUCUCUCUCCUCAAUGAGGUGGACGCACAGUAUAACGCACUGCAGGUGAAAUAUGACCAGCUCCUACAGAGGUGUCAGCAGGCAAGCGAGGGACUCACCCACAAGUCCGUCCAGACGUCCUGUAGACCCCCAGCCGGCGCCGGACCCCGUCGGCCCCCGGCGAGCUCGGCCGGAGGCUUCAUGGCCGUGUCAGAGGAGCCGGAGUACAAAGUUCUCUUCAAGGAGAUCUUCACCUGCAUCCAGAAGACCAAAGACGACCUGCAGGACAACAGACUUUUAGUCAGAGACACUUCUGUUAGUAUGUGAUUGUAUCAGUCCUCAGCCUGGAAGUGUGUACGUGUACGUGUACGUGUGUGUGUGUGUGUGUGUGUGUGUGUGUGUGUGUGUGUGUGUGUGUGUGUGUGUGUGUGUGUGUGUGUGUGUGUGUGUCUUUUAAGUAAAUGCCACUUUGCUUUAGUCAGUCAACACUGAUGCUUUUUGUUUGUAUGUUGUAUUGAAAUGGUUAAAAUAUUACAUGUAAGUGCAAAUCUGCAAGUAUUGAAAUGGUUAAAAUAUUACAUAUAAGUGCAAAUCUGCAAGUAUUGAAAUGGUUAAAAUAUUACAUAUAAGUGCAAAUCUGCAAGUAUUGAAAUGGUUAAAAUAUUACAUAUAAGUGCAAAUCUGCAAGUAUUGAAAUGGUUAAAAUAUUACAUAUAAGUGCAAAUCUGCAAGUAUUGAAAUGGUUAAAAUAUUACAUGUAAGUGCAAAUCUGCAAGUAUUGAAAUGGUUAAAAUAUUACAUAUAAGUGCAAAUCUGCAAGUAUUGAAAUGGUUAAAAUAUUACAUGUAACUGCAAAUCUGCAGGUAUUGAAAUGGUUAAAAUAUUACAUGUAACUGCAAAUCUGCAAGUAUUGAAAUGGUUAAAAAUAUUACAUGUAAGUGCAAAUCUGCAAGUAUUGAAAUGGUUAAAAUAUUACAUAUAAGUGCAAAUCUGCAAGUAUUGAAAAGGUUAAAAUAUUACAUGUAAGUGCAAAUCUGCAAGUAUUGAAAAGGUUAAAAUAUUACAUAUAAGUGCAAAUCUGCAAGUAUUGAAAUGGUUAAAAUAUUACAUGUAAGUGCAAAUCUGCAAGUAUUGAAAUGGUUAAAAUAUUACAUGUAAGUGCAAAUCUGCAAGUAUUGAAAUGGUUAAAAUAUGACAUGUAAGUGCAAAUCUGCAAGUAUUACGUCCAUGCAUAAGCGUUCAAGCCUCUACUGUAUGUAGGAUUUAUGCAAAAAAAAGAAUGUUGAAAUGUCAUAAUAGGAUGAAAAACUUUACGGUUAGCAUAGAGGGAUAUUUGUUUGUUGUGCCUCCCCUAACACACAUGAGCACUUUUAUGAACACAUUAAUGUGUGGCUUAUUUUCCACCAGAUGAAAUGUUAUUUAUACCUUUCUUGUCAUAAAGUAGAGAUGUCUAUUUUUGAAAACUCAUGAAAACAUUCAUUAUUUAGAAGUGAAAAUGUGCACAAGAAAAGUGAAAAGCUGAAAUCGCUUAAAUGUCUGAAAUCAAUGUUGUUGUUUUUUUUUUUAACUAAAAAUAACUUUAGAUGUUUAGUAUUAUUGACGACCAGCACAUUUGUGGAACAAAAAAAGGUGCCUGAUAAAAAAAAAAAAUGGAACAAAAAAAUCCCAUUAAACCUCGAUUUCAGAUAUUUAAUCUAGUUUGGAUUCUCACUUUCUGUAGUGGAAAUUUCAUCAUUUUUGUGUGAAUGUAACGUCUAAUUUAAUGUAAUUCCUACAAUGAUGUUUAUUCUAGCCAUCCACUUUCUACAGCUUGGGGGUGGAGCCUAUCAGCUGAUGGACGUUACUAUUACAGAACAGCUUGGGGGUGGAGCCUAUCAGCUGAUGGACGUUACUAUUACAGAACAGCUUGGGGGUGGAGCCUAUCAGCUGAUGGACGUUACUAUUACAGAACAGCUUGGGGGUGGAGCCUAUCAGCUGAUGGACGUUACUAAUACAGAA